AUGGCGUCAACGAGUCAACAUCCCUCAUCCUCAUCGCCCUCCUCUCCCUCUUCACAAUCUUCACCACCGCAUCAAGGCCCUGCAAAACCCUCUUCGUUUCCUCCUACUCAUUCUCCCUCCGCCGCCUCCCCUCCUCCUCUUCCUCCUUCGGCUUCGUCACCAUCGUCACCGAGAUCAGCCAGAUCCGCCCCGUCCACCUCCACCCCACCCGCUUCGACGACGGCUUCGUCCCACACCCUCACCACCACGACGCCAGCGAGAAGCGAACAUCGGCACCCAUUCUCCUCCUCCCCCCAGAGCCUGCCCCGCCGGCGCCGCGCUCGCCUCCGUCUCCGUUCCGCGUCUGCUUCAACCCAAGAUCAGCCAGAUCCCUCUUCGUUUCCUCCUACUCAUUCUCCCUCCGCCACCUCCCCUCCUCUUCUUCCUCCUUCGGCUUCGUCACCAUCGUCACCGAGAUCAGCCAGAUCGGCGUCGUUGAGGCGCAGAUCUUGGGUUUGA